AUGUUUUCUAAACAAAUUAAAAUUUAUUUAUUAUUUUCUGUACAAAAAUUUAAAUUAUUAAUUUCAUCAUUUUUCUCAUUAUUUUUCAUCAAUUUCUCAAAUAAUGGAUUCUAUAAUAUUAAAAAUAUUUUUAUUUUAUUUAUUUUAAUAAUUAAUAUUAAAAUGGUAAAUUCAAGGAGUAGUCCAAGUUCUGAUACUGAAAUUCUCUCACAAUUGCUCAAUCGGGGCUAUGACUGGCGUGUUCGUCCACCAGGAACAAAUCUUUCCUUAGAUGGCGAUCACGGCCCAGUCGUUGUAAAUAUAAACAUGUUAAUACGUAGUAUAUCAAAAAUAGAUGAUGUAAAUAUGGAAUAUAGUACACAAUUAACAUUUAGAGAGGAAUGGGUAGAUGGAAGAUUGGCAUAUGGAUUACCCAAUGAUCAAAAACCCGAUCACAUUAUUUUAACUGCGGGACAACAAAUUUGGAUGCCUGAUACUUUUUUUCAAAAUGAAAAGCAAGCAAGAAAACACGAAAUUGACAAACCUAAUGUACUUAUUAGAAUACAUAAAGACGGUAGAAUUUUGUAUAGUGUGAGGAUUUCACUUGUUCUUUCUUGUCCAAUGUUUCUUCAAUAUUAUCCAAUGGAUGUCCAAACUUGUUUAAUUGAUAUGGCAUCAUAUGCUUAUACAGAUACUGAUAUUGAAUAUCGUUGGAAGGAAGUUCAACCUGUUCAAUUAAAACAGGGUCUAGAAUCCUCUUUACCUAGUUUUCAAUUAACUAAUGUUUCUACUGGAUAUUGUACAUCCAAAACAAAUACUGGGACUUACUCGUAUUUAAAUAAAUUAUUUUUUAAAAUAUCCUUUUUUGUUUUUGAAAGAUGUUUACGGACAGUUUUGGAAUUAAGAAGGCAAUUUAGUUAUUAUUUAUUACAAUUAUAUAUUCCAUCAUCUAUGCUGGUUAUUGUUUCUUGGGUAUCAUUUUGGUUGGAUCGUACAGCUGUUCCUGCAAGGGUUACUCUGGGUGUUACUACUUUGAACAAGAAAUAA